AUGAUUGUUUAUGUCCUUUUCUUUUGGAUUUUCCUUUAUUUUUGUUUAUAUUUCAAUAUUAAAGAAAGCGUUAUAUUAGGAAGUUGUAAGAUUAUAUUAAGAAGGCCGUUUGAAGAAGAAAAGAAGAAAGAUAUAUUUUUUUUUUAUAAUUCUGCAAAGUAUUUAUUAAAAGGAAAGAGAAAUACGUUUGAUUCGUUUCCUUUGUAUUCUAAUAAAAGGGGAAGAAUAAAUUUAUUUAUUAAUAAAGAUAAAAAAAAAAAAAUAAUAAAUAAAAUAAAAAAAAAAAGCAAUAUCAAUAUUAAUAGUAAUAAUAGUAAUAAUAGUAAUUAUAGUAAUUAUUAUUAUUAUUAUUUUUUUAAAAAAAGAGAAUGUGGUGAACCAUUUUUUUCUUUUUAUUCCUAUCAAAAUAUUUUAACUUUACAUAAUAAUAAAAUAUUAAAAGAUCAAGAAAAUAAUUAUGUCUUGUUAGAUUUAUAUAAGAAUAUAAAAAAAGAGUAUAAAAAGGAAAAAAAUAAAAAAAAAAGGGAAUAUUAUUAUAAUUAUAAUAAGUUUAUGUAUUUAAACAGUAUAAAAGGAAAAGAUAUUUUUAUCAAGUUAAAUAAAAUUAAUAAUAAGAGUUAUUUUUAUAAAUAUUUACAGAAAUCAAAUAAAUGUAUUAACACAUAUAUAUAUUGUAAUUCACAUAAUUUUCAUAAAUCUAAUUAUUUUUUAAAAAACUUUGAUCUUAAACAACUAUUUAUAAAAAAUAAAAAAAAAGAUAACUUUUGUUUUAGUGUCCAUUUAGGAAAGGAUAAAAAUAUCAACUUGGAUAAUUUGAAGAAAGAGUACAAUAAAAGUUGUAACACUAGAACAAACGUUAAAGGUAACACUGACAAUAAUAUAAAUAGUAAUAGUAUUAGUAGUAGUAGUUAUUAUUGUUGUGUUAAUAUGGAUAUGAAUGAUAAAGUAAAUAAUACAAAUAAUUGGAAUAAGACAAAGGAAGAUAAAAAUGAUAAUGUUAAAAAUACAUUAUGUUCAUCAAACCAUGAAGAAGAAAAAAAUAAAAAAAAAUAUAUGAGUUCAGAAGAAGUGAGAAAUAAUUUUAUUAAUUAUUUUUCUAAAAAAAAUCAUACUAUUAUUGAAAGUUCUUCUGUUGUUCCAUAUAAUGAUAAUACAUUAUUAUUUACCAAUGCAGGUAUGAAUCAAUUUAAGAAGAUAUUUUUAGGUAAUGCUGAUAAGAAUAGUGAUUUAGGAAAAUUAAAAAGAGCAGUAGAUACACAAAAAUGUAUAAGAGCAGGUGGAAAACAUAAUGAUUUGGAUGAUGUAGGAAAAGAUGUAUAUCAUCAUACAUUUUUUGAGAUGUUAGGAAAUUGGAGUUUUGGUGAUUAUUUUAAAGAAGAAAGUAUAUCAUUUGCAUGGGAUUUAUUAAUUAAUGUUUAUAAAAUAGAUCCUGAUAGAUUAUAUGUUACAUAUUUUGGUGGAGAUGAAAAUUUAUCUAGUUGUCCAGCAGAUUAUGAAACAAAAAAAAUAUGGAUGAAAUAUAUUAGUGAAGAUCGUAUAUUACCAUUUGGAUUAAAAGAGAAUUUUUGGGAAAUGGCAGAAACAGGACCUUGUGGGCCAUGUUCAGAAAUACAUUAUGAUCGUAUAGGUAAUAGAGAUGCAUCUAGAUUAGUUAAUAAAGAUGAUCCCAGUGUACUUGAAAUAUGGAAUAUUGUUUUUAUGCAAUAUAAUAAAGAUGAAAAUAAAAAUAUGAAUAAGUUACCAUUUCCUUGUAUCGAUACAGGUAUGGGUUUAGAACGUAUUACUUCAAUUUUACAAAAUGUAGAUAGUAAUUAUGAUACUGAUCUUUUUCAACCUAUAUUUAAACAAAUUAAAGAAUUAUUUCCAUAUUUACCUAAUUAUCAAGGCAAAAUUAAUGAACAAGAUCUUGAUAAAAUUGAUACGGCUUAUAGAGUUAUUAGUGAUCAUAUCAGAUGUGUUACAAUAGCUAUUAGUGAUGGAUGCUUACCAAGUAAUGAAGGCAGAAAUUAUGUUAUAAGAAGAAUAAUUAGAAGAGCUAUCAGAUUUGGAAAACAAGUUUUUAAUAUUAAAAGUAAUGUUUUGUGGUUUUAUAAACUAGUCGAUUCAGUUUCUUUUAUUUUAGGUAAUACAUUUAAAGAUUUACAAAAUGUUGAAAAAAUCAAUUUUAUUAAAAAUACUAUUAAACAAGAAGAAAUGGUAUUUAAUAAAACAUUAGAAAAAGGGGUAGAACAAUUUCAUAAAAUUAUUAAGAAAAAUACAAAAAAUAAUAUAUUCAGUGGAAAAGAUGCAUUCGAUUUAUAUACCUCUUUUGGAUUCCCAAUAGAUUUAAUACAAAUCAUGUGUGAAGAAAAAUCAUUCAAUUUGAAUCUUCAAGAAUUUAAUGAUUUAUUUAAAAAACAUCAACUUGUAUCUGAUACCAAUAAUUUUAAAUUAAACAAAUUCUUUGAUAUUCCUGUAGAAAAAUCACAUGAAUUAAAAAAUGUUCAUAAUAUUAAACCAACACUUGAUCAUUUCAAAUAUGACUGGAAUAAUAAUUGUACAAAUGAUGGUGACAAUAAAAAUAUAAAAUUUGAAACAUAUCUUCAAGUUAUUUAUGAUGGAAAUAAUUUCUUAGAUAACUUUACUUUACCAUCUAAUAAUGACAAACAAGAUUGUGAAGAACAACAAACAGUUGAUGAAAAAAACAAAAAAUAUGCACUCAUAUUAAAAGAAACUAAUUUUUAUUAUGAAAAUGGAGGACAAAUAUACGAUACUGGUAUUAUCCAAAAUGACAAUAUGAUAUUUCAAGUUUUAAAUGUUCAAAAAAUUAAUGAAUAUGUAUUACAUAUAGGUAUAUUUCUCAAAGGAUAUGUAAGCAAAAAUGAUAAGGUUCAAACUGUUGUAGAUUUUGAUAGAAGAAAAUUGGUUGCAUGUAACCAUACUGCAACACAUAUGCUUAAUUUCAUGUUGAGAAAAGUAUUAACUGAAAAGUAUACAAACAAUGCAAAAUCAUCUAAAAAUUGUGAAGGAAAUAAUGAGAAGCAUGAAAUGACUGAUAAUAACACCGAUGGUAACAAUGAUAAUAAUAAUAAUGAUGAUAAUAAUGAUGGUAACAAGGAAGAAAAGGGAUUUUCUAUUUUUACUUGUGAACAAAAAGGUUCCUUAGUAGAUGAUGAAAAACUACGUUUCGAUUUUUCAUUUAUCGAAAAUAUUAACAUAGAUGCUAUUACCAAAAUAGAAAACGAAAUUAACAAAUUAAUUAACGAAGAAUUAAAUGUUACGGUCAAAACGAUGGAUUUAGAAGAAAGCAAAAAAAUUAAAGGAAUCAGAGCAAUUUUUGAAGAAGAUUAUGCCGAUAAAGUUAAUGUUGUUUUUAUUAAUAAAGAUGUGAAUAAUAUAUUAAACAAUAUGGAUAUGGAUUAUACAUAUCUACAUUCAAUUGAAUUAUGUGGUGGUACACAUAUUGGAAAUACAAAAUUAAUAAAAAAAUUUAUUAUUACAUCUGAAGAAAGUAUUGGAAAGGGAAUCUAUAGAAUUACUGCUGUUACGAAUAAAAAGGCUGAUGAAAUUGAAAAAACCUUUAAUGACUUAUAUGAUAAAUAUAAACAUGUUCUUCAAGAACCAAAUGAAAAUAAAUUAACAGAUGUACAAAACUAUAAGAGAACAUUAAAAGAAAAUAAAUUCUUACCAUAUAUUAAAAAACAUCAUAUUUUACAAGAGUUAGAACAAAUUGAAAAAACUAUUGUUGAAAAAACGAAAAAUAUGCAAAAGGAAUUGUUCAAUAAAGCAACUAAUAUAGGAAAGGACUAUGCAUUACAAGACAAAAAUAACACCCUAUUAGAUAUCAAAUUCUUUGAUGAAAUAAAGGGGAAUCAAAAGGUUUUGGAAAAGAUUGUUCAAUCAUAUUCCAAAAAUAAUAAAAAUUUGAGUUAUUUCUUUAUUAUUAUUGAUGAAAAUAAUACUUAUUGUGUUUUGGAGGUCAAGGAUGCCUUGAAAACUAAAAAUGUGCAAGCCGAUUUAUUUAUGAAGGAAAUUAUGAAAUCUGUGCUCGGGCAUUCAGGAGGAAGUAAAAACAAGGCAUUUGGAUCAGUGGAGAAGGAUAAAGGAAAUGUUAUCAAGGAGCUUGCCGAACAAAUGUUAAAAAAAUAUGAAUAA